AUGGACGCCGUGGAUCCGUCUCCUCUGCGGCACUUUGUGGUGGCGAAGCGUUCGAUCACCUCCAUCUUUGAUCAGCUGCUCGACUUUGUGAAGGAUGGCUCCGCCUUUGUGGACGAGGCAUGGCGAGGGGAGGAGCUUGGUCAGGUGGCGGUGGAGGAGCAGAGUCUGGAGAUGCAGAGCUGUGAGACCAAACUGUGGACCAUCAGAGACGUUCUGCUCAGGAGGCACAUGAAGGUGGCCUUCUUCGGCAGGACGAGUAACGGGAAGAGCACAGUGAUAAACGCCAUGCUGAGGGACCGCGUGCUGCCCAGCGGUAUCGGUCACACCACCAACUGUUUCCUGCGGGUGGAGGGAACCGACGGAGACGAGGCUUACCUCACCACCGAGGCGUCCAAUGAGAGGAAGAGCGUCAAGACGGUGAACCAGCUGGCUCAUGCCCUCCACAUGGUCCCGACUCUGGACUCUGGCAGUCUUCUGAAGGUGUUCUGGCCGAAGUCUCGCUGUGCCCUGCUGAGAGACGACCUGGUGCUCAUGGACAGCCCUGGCACUGACGUCACUCUGGAGUUGGACAGCUGGAUCGAUAAGUUCUGUCUGGACGCAGACGUCUUUGUUCUGGUGGGGAACGCAGAGUCGACGCUCAUGAACACGGAGAAACUUUUCUUCCACAAAGUGAGCGAGAGAAUCUCCAAACCAAAUAUCUUCAUCCUCCACAACCGCUGGGACGCGUCAGUGAGCGAACCGGAGUACGUCGACGAGGGUGUGAGGAAGCAGCACCUGGACCGCUGUGUGAGCUUCCUGGCUGAGGAGCUGAAGGUGGUCAGUCUGGACGAGGCGCCGGGCAGGAUCUUCUUCGUCUCGGCUAAAGAGGUCCUGAGCUCCAGGAUGCAGCGAGCGCAGGGUGGCGCUCUGGCCGAAGGUUUCCACGAGAGACUGAGAGAGUUCCAGAUGUUUGAGAGGACGUUUGAGGAGUUCAUCUCUCAGUCUGCCGUGAAGACCAAGUUUGAGCAGCACACGGUGAGGGCGUGGCAGAUCACCGAGGCCAUCAAAGCUGUGAUGGACGCCAUCAACAUCGCCUCGGCCGACAGGAAGAUCUUCUGCCUGGAGGAGCGGGAGGAUCAGAGGGACCGGCUGGAGUUCGUCCGAGGACAGAUUAACCGCCUGACCGACAGCGUCAGAGAGAGGAUCAAGACUCUGACUGAGGAUGUCGCUGCCAAGGUUGCGACGGCGCUGUUGGAUCAGAUUCGGUCUCUUCCUGUUCUGGUGGAGGAGUUCAGAGCGGAUUUUAACCCAACGCAAGAAACUCUGGAGCUCUACAAAGCUAAACUGAUGCAGCACGUGGAGGAGAGGAUGGUGGGCGGUCUCUCUCAUCGUUGCUCCAUCAGCAUCCAUAGAGACAUCAGAGCCGCUCAGGGUCUCAUGAUCGACAGCGUACGGCCUCUGCUGUCUACGUCCCUCCAGGAGCAGGUCUCUCCUCCCUCCACCUCCUUCGAGUUGACCUAUGACCUCGGCCUCACUGCCCUCUGCGCAGAUUUCCACGAAAACAUUGAGUUCCAGUUCAGUCUGGGCUGGACCUCCCUUGUCACACGCUUCAUUGGAGCCGCCAAUGCCAAGCGAGCACUGAGCGGCCCUGAGCACCGCCUGCAGGUGAUGACAUCACAUUGACGGCCUUUUAAUGAGAACUCCUCCUUUAAAGACGAGAUGGUGGUGUCCAUAGCAGCAAGGCUGGUCUCCGUCACCUCGCGGGCGUCCAUGUCGGUGCUGGUGAUCGGAGGAGUGGUGUGGCGAUCAGUGGGCUGGCGUGUCAUCGCUCUCUCCCUCUCUCUGUAUGGUCUGAUCUACCUGUACGAGAAACUCACCUGGACAAACGCCAGCAGAGAGCGUGCUCUAAAGAAGCAGUUUGUGGAGCAUGCGGCUCAGCGCCUGAAAGCCGUCAUCUCUGUCAGCAGCUCUGCCUGCAGCCAGCAGGUGUACAAGGAGCUGGCGUCCACGUUCAGCCGUCUGACACAAAGAGUCGACCUGAGCGAAGCUGAGCUUGAGGGAAACAUCCGGCAGCUGAGCUUCAGGAUCCAAAGACUGGAGAACAUCCAGAGGAGGUCCAAGGCCUUCAGGAACAGAGCUACAGAGCUGGAGACUCAGCUGGAGGCCUUCUCAGUUCAGUACCUGCAGUGACACUCAAAACACACCUGGACUGUGGCGCCCCCUGCUGGUGGACUUCAUCAUCACACACUACCUGCUCUCCCCUCAGGUCUAAAACUGUGACUGAUUCCCCGCAGACAGAGGCGGACACCGGGUCUCUAACUGAAAAUCAUU